AUGCAGGGUGCUGGGGGCGCCCGUCCUGGCAGCCACAGGGGUGCUGGCGACCGACAGGGGCCGGGCCUGUGCCGGGGUGAGAUCGAAUUCGGAGGGUCUGGGAAGAAGCGAGGCAAGUUCGUGAAGGUGCCCAGUGGCGUGGCCCCGUCGGUGCUCUUUGACCUUCUGCUGGCCGAAUGGCACCUGCCGGCCCCCAACCUGGCGGUGUCGCUGGUGGGCGAGGAGCGGCCCUUCGCCCUGAAGCCGUGGCUGCGGGACGUCCUGCGCAAGGGGCUGGUGAAGGCGGCUCAGAGCACAUGUGCCUGGAUCCUGACCAGCGCGCUCCGUGUGGACCUUGCCCGGUAUGUCGGACAGGCUGUGCGUGACCACUCACUGGCCAGCACGUCCACCAAGGCCCGCGUGGUGGCCAUCGGCAUCGCCUCAUUGGGCCGCGUGCUGCACCUUCAGCUUCUGGACGACGCCCAGGAGGACAGCCCUGUCCACUACCCCAUGGACGAUGGUGGCCGCCAGGGCCCCCUCUGCACCCUGGACAGCCCCGGGCGCCCCGGGGAGGGCAGCGAGCCCACUGAGCGGAGGCUGAGGCUGGAGAAGCACAUCUCAGAGCAGAGGACCGGCUACGGGGGCACCGGCAGCAUCGAGAUCCCCGUCCUCUGUCUGCUGGUCAACGGUGACCCCAGCACCCUGGAGAGGAUUUCCAGGGCCGUGGAGCACGCCGGCCCGUGGCUGAUCCUGGCGGGCUCGGGGGGCAUCGCCGACGUGCUUGCUGCCCUGAUGAACCAGCCCCACCUCCUGGUGCCCCAGGUGGCCAAGAAGCAGUUUAGAGAGAAGUUCCCCAGUGAGAACUUCUCCUGGGAGGACAUCGUGCACUGGACAGAACUGCUGCGGAACAUCACCUCCCACCCGCACCUGCUCACCGUGCAUGACUUCGAGCAGGAGGGCCCCGAGGAGCUGGACACGGUCAUCCUCAAGGCGCUGGUGAAAGCCUGCAAGAGCCGCAGCCAGGAGGCACAGGACUACCUGCAUGAGCUGAAGCUGGCCGUGGCCUGGGACAACGGGGACGUGGAGUGGAAGUCCCGCCACCUGGAGGAGGUGAUGAUGGACGCGCUGGUGAGCAACAAGCCCCAGUUCGUGCGCCUCUUCGUGGACGGUGGCGCCGACGUGGCGGACUUCCUGACGUACGGGCGGCUGCAGCAGCUCUACCGCUUGGCGCCCCCCAAGAGCCUGCCCUUCCACCUGCUGCGGCGCAAGCGUGAGGAAGGCUGGCUGACGCUGGCCGGGCUGGGCACCCAGCAGGCCCGGGAGCCGCCCCCCUUCUCCCUGCACGAGGUGUCGCGGGUGCUCAAGGACUUCCUGCACGACGCCUGCCGUGGGCUCUACCAGGCGGUGAGCUGUGAGCGGGCGGCGGGGGGCCGGGCGGGGCCGCGGCUGCGGGCUGACACCCCCAUCCCCCAGGAACAGGGCCCGGCCCGGCGGCCCACGGGCCAGAAGGAGCUGCUGGACCUGAACCAGAGGAGCGAGAGCCCCUGGAGGGACCUGUUCCUGUGGGCGGUGCUGCAGAACCGCCACGAGAUGGCUACCUACUUCUGGGCCAUGGGCCAGGAGGGCGUGGCAGCUGCUCUGGCCGCCUGCAGGAUCCUCAAAGAGAUGUCCCACCUGGAGACGGAGGCCGAGGUGGGCCGCUCCCCGCGUGAGGCCAAGCGCGAGCAGCUGGCCCUGGACCUCUUCUCCGAGUGCUACCGUAACAGCGAGGAGUGCGCCUUCGCCCUGCUGGUGCGCCGGAACCGCUCAUGGAGCAGGACCACGUGUCUGCACCUGGCCGCCGAGGCCAACACCAAGGCCUUCUUCGCCCACGACGGGGUGCAGGCCUUCCUGACCAAGAUCUGGUGGGGGGACAUGGCCUCGGGCACACCCAUCCUGCGGCUGCUGGGCGCUUUCCUCUGCCCAGUCCUCGUGUUCACCGACCUCGUCACCUUCAGUGAGGAGGCCCCUCUAAGGACGGGCCCAGAGGACCCGCAGGGGCUGGACAGCCUGGACGCGGAGAAGAGGCUGCUCUGUGGCCCGGGCAGUCGGGCGGCGGAGCCGGCCAAGGCACUGAGGACUCAGAGCAGCCGGGGCCCACGAGCCACCUUCUUGCUCACGUGCUGGCGGAAGUUCUGGGGGGCGCCCGUGACCGUGUUCCUGAGGAACGUGAUCAUGUACUUCGCGUUCCUCUUCCUGUUCACCUAUGUCCUGCUGGUGGACUUCAGGCCCCCUCCCCAGGGGCUGUCGGGGGCUGAGGUCACCCUCUACUUCUGGGUCUUUACGCUGGUGCUGGAGGAGAUCUGGCAGGGCUUCUUCACAGAUGAGGACACGCGCCUGGUGAAGAAGGUCACUCUCUACGUGGACGACAACCGGAACAAGUGUGACAUGGCGGCCAUCUUCCUGUUCAUCGUCGGUGUCACCUGCAGGAUGCUGCCCUCGGUGUUUGAGGCCGGCCGCACGAUCCUCGCCAUCGACUUCAUGGUGUUCACGCUCCGGCUCAUCCACAUCUUUGCCAUCCACAAGCAGCUGGGCCCCAAGAUCAUCAUCGUGGAGCGGAUGAUGAAGGACGUCUUUUUCUUCCUCUUCUUCCUGAGCGUGUGGCUUGUGGCCUACGGCGUGACCAGCCAGGCGCUGCUGCACCCCCAUGACAGGCGCCUGGAGUGGAUCUUCCGCUGUGUGCUCUACCGGCCGUACCUACAGAUCAUCAGGCAGAUCCCACUGGACGAGAUCGAUGAAGCCCGCGUGAACCGCUCCGUGCACCCCCUGCUGCUGGAGGGCUCGCCCUCCUGCCCCAACCUCUACGCCAACCGGCUGGUCAUCGUCCUGCUGGUCACCUUCCUGCUGGUCACCAACGUGCUGCUCGUGAACUUGCUCAUUGCCAUGUUCAGCUACACGUUCCAGGUGGUGCAGGGCAACGCGGACACCUUCUGGAAGUUCCAGCGCUACCACCUCAUCGUGGAGUACCACGAGCGCCGCCCCGGCCCCGCCCCGGCCCCGCCCUUCAUCCUCCUCAGCCCGAACCUGGUGCUCAAGAGGUUCUUCCGGAAGGAGGCCCAGCAGAAGUGGGCGCGCCUGAAGAGGGACCUGCCGGAGCCCCUGGACCAGAAGAUGGUCACCUGAGAGGCGGUGCAGAAGGAGAACUUCCUGAGCGAGCUGGAGAAGCGGAGGAAGGACAGCGGGGAGGGGCUGCUGCGGAAGACGGCCCACAGGUGCGGGGACCCGGCCCGGCCCCGCCCCCCCGGUGGGCGUGGCAGGCGGCCUGGGGUGCUGAGGCCACGGGGCGGCUUACAGGGACAAGGGCCCCGCCUGGAGCGCUGGUCGACUCCCCUGCAGGGUGCCGGUCAACUACUGCACGAUGCUCCUCUCCUCCAUGGCCGACACGCUGGCCCGCAGGAACACCUACUACGACUCCCGGAACUUCAGUGGUGGGAACCCACAGGCCUCUGCUGCCCGUGGAGGGGGCCUGGGCAGCAGGAAACACCCAGAGGCCGGCCGGCUGCCCUCGAACACCUGAGCCACUUGGACCGUCUGCACGCGGGGCCCACCUCUCCCAAAGCCCCAGGCCCCACGGACACGCCGGCCUGCCCCCACCUCCAGUGGAGCCCCCCCAAGCAGGAUGUGGCUCGGGGCUUUGCCGAAAGGAACCACUCGCUGCCCUGCCCGGCACCUUCUCUGGACGUCCUGGGCCCGGGGUGCAGCGGUGUGUCGUGGGCCCUCCCUGACAGGCAGAGCCCUCAGGACCCCGACCAGAACCAACCAGCCAGGACCAGGAGAGCAGACACUUGCUGAGCGCCCUGUGCGGGGCACCUCCCGUUAGGCGGGCAGCUAGCUGCCUUGGAGUCCGUGCCCAACCUGUGUCGCCCACCAAGAGACUGGUCUUUUUCUGAAA